AUGAAUUCUUCUUUUAAGCCGUUGCUAAGUAUUGGUAUAAGUUAUAUAGUGGACGUAUGCCCUCAAAUAGCACCAAAUGUAUUACAGUACUUACAAAAAAUUUUAGACGGCUUUAUAGACGGGAAAAUUAGUCAAUACAACGCAUCUCUUGAAUUUUCUAAGUAUAUUGGGAAUAAUACACCUAUCCUAAAAAUAGCUCGCGUUUUGACCGUUUCACCACAACCACUCAAAAGCAUUAAUGAAUAUCCAGCUGAAGCUCAAAGCUUUUUAUUAAUGAAAAAGUCUCGUUCAUGGAGCGAGAUUGAAGAUAUACGUCUUAUAGCAGGUAUUCAUAAAUUUGGUCUUGAUGCUUGGGGAACUGUAGCUUGCUUUGUGGGAAAUAGCCGAACAAAAGCACAGUGUUGUCAAAGAUGGACUAGAGGUCUUGAUCCUCGCAUUACAAAAAUGCACUGGACACCAAAAGAAGAUGCUGCUCUCCUUCAAAGUAUUUCAAAACAUGGUAUCAAGAGUUGGACAAAAGUUGCAAGCGACAUACCGUCAAGAAGUGAUGUUCAGUGCAGGUAUAGAUAUCAUCAACUUGUUUCAGGAAAUCCUCAAAACUCAGAUUCUCCAAAUAAUCAAUCAUCUUCAGACAUGCCAAUUCCGAUGAGUUCAAAUGAAAAGAAAUUAAACGAAAUCACUCCCGAAAAAAUAUCUCAGAUUAUUAAUGAAUCAGUAAAUAAAUCACAACCUGAAACUCAUAAUCAAAAAUUCAAAAUACCUUCUAUACUUGCGCUUGUGUCGCAGGCUGGAAUGAAGCCAAUUACGAUUGAAUGA